AUGACCUCAUGGACAGAAACACAGGCAGAUACAUCUUCAUUACAGAGUGGACUGGGCUUGUCAAAGAGCCUCACUCCAGCUACACCAUCUUCUGAUGACAACCUCACCCCGUCUCCACGGAAGCCCACCCCACCCCACACGACCGAACAACCACUUCUCAUCGACACAACAGAUGGCUCGACCACGUCUCCUCAAAAGCAGACAGAGCUCCCAUUCCCAGAGACCCCCACAACACUGUUAGACUCUAGUGCACUACGUGCCAGGGUCAGUCUGAACAAGAAGAGCUCUCGCAGAGCCCCGCCCUCUCGAGCCGCCCGUCACAGCGCCCUCUUAUCACAAGUACCCGAGGUAACCGGAGCAGAUGAUGAAUGGCGCUACAGGGACUCGACAGAGGACAAAACAGACUCUCCCAAGCAGGGUGAGGAGUCAGACUCUGAGGACCAGCCCAAGGGAAUCGAAUCCCGGACUUCCUCCGUGUCUCAGCCGCAGAGAGUGGCGCUCUUUCCUGGCAUGGAUCCAUCUGCUCUGAAGGCUCAGCUAAAGAAGAGAGGAGAAUCUGACAAUCAGACAGACGGCCCUUCACCCCCUCACCUCUCACGCUCACCCAAAUCUCCGUUCUUGCCUCGAGCUGCCCGUGUGCUGCCUCCUGCUGGCGGCAAAGAGAAUGGAGAAGAGUCCUCUCCCCAGUGGCUGAAAGAACUAAAGACUAAAAAACGUUUGAGUCAGUAUGAAAAUGACAGUACAGCCUGAACAAGCAGGAUGCCUUAUAACUGCAGUAUCUGUAGCUGUAACUCGUGACAGAAGCCUUAACCUUUGACCUGGAGUUGACGGGAAUUCUGCUGCUGCUGCUGACUACGACAUCAUUCUGUUUCAUUGGUUUUUCUGGCCUUCCUCUCCAGCCUGAGUCGUGUUCAUGUGCAUGGUGCCUUUCUAAAAGAUUUCUGACUGACAUAAAGGGCAAAGCAGAGAUCUGUGUGUGAAGCGUGAGUCCAUGUAUGUGUUGUCGAGUUUCUCUUGAGCUCUUCGUCAUACGAGAGAGAAUUAUUUUUGCAUAGAGCCACUUUAACCUCUAGUGAGCGAGAGAUCAUCCUUUGUAGUGGAAAUGUGGGACCACACGCACCUACAAGUAACCUUGAAGUGCUUCAUAUAACUGGAGUACGACGGUUUAUUUUUACCCUUUUAUGUUCAUAUUAGUAGAGCUUUCAUGCUAGUUUGUUUGUUUGUUUGUCUCAUUCUCAUCGUUUUGACAGUUAUAGGCAUCAGUUGCACAUGCAUUUCCAUAGACGAUCACAAUUUUAUUUCUGAACGUUAAUAGUCGACAAAUCAGUGCUGAGCUAUCUGUAUAGAAAGUGUAUUUAGUUAUGACGAAAUGUUAAUCACAGAAUGUUAUAUUUGUAUUAAUGUCGGUUUGAAAGGAAAAUGGUAAUUGUUUAAUGAUCAGUUGUUUAUGAACUGCGGUCUUGUAUGUGUGUUGAUGUGCGUGUGGAAACCUGUUCGGAUGGGCCACUGAAUGAAUUUAGUUCAUCUUUUGUUUGCACAUGUCUUCACUCCUUACAACCUAUAUUUUUGUUCAUAUUUGAGACAUUUAGACAUGCAAAGGUCUUAGUUUGUUUAGCAUCAUGUCACAUUUGAGUCCAUUAUAAUAUCAUGUUUGGAAAAUUGCGCAUGUACAAUCAGUCAUUCCCUUUAUUACGCUUUAUGUUCUUCUUUUUAUCCCAGAACUUUACUUGCUUUAGCAAUGGGCCAAAAUGAUGAUAGGAAAUUGCACAAUCAGCAUUUAAAUCUGUUUUUCUUCCCACAAGAUAAUAACAUAUGAAUACAGAAGGGAAAACGUUUCAUUUGUGUCCUUCACUCUGGGUUGCACACAUCUCGAGUUCAUUUCUUUUGUUUACUUAUUUGCUAAGGGAAAUUUGAAAUGUCAAAGUACUGUAAACAACCUUCACAUUACAUUGCACACUUGUUACCGUGUUUUCGAAAAAACGCCGGGCAGUUGUGCCGCUCCCACCUAACAAGCACUUUUCACCUGUUAAUGAACAGCGGUUUUGACCGGUAGUCACUUUUGUAACGCAUGAGUCUUCACCCGUGAUGUCAAUGUUGUGAUGUUGGUAUGCUGACGUAUGUGAGUAAUGUGUCCUACAGUUUGUGUUUUUUUUUUUUUUUUUUUUUUCUAUUAUCAGCUUCUUUUCUUUGUCUGCCUACAGUUGUUAUAGUGUGUUUAAGGGUAAUUUGUCCUUUUUAUUUUAAAUUUGACUGUAAAGAUGUUUAUUGCACUGUUGUAAUGCCAGUGUCCAAUACUGUAAAUUCAUAAUAAAAUUUACUAUAAAUAUA